AUGGCUCAAAGACUGGCCUCGCUGAUCAAACACGAGAUAAACAUCACAGUCCUACUCCUUUGGUCCAAUUUUUCCGCCUGUGUAGGACCAAUCCUUACCGGAUUAUAUGAGCGAUACACAGCUUCCUCAGCCAAGUUAGACUCACCAAAUUUGCUGUUGCUGGUAGUCAGGGUUAUGGUGGUAUCAUUCGUAUACGCAUACGUGUUUGAUAUUGCACACCAGACCACAUCUGUCGCAGAGGAUAUCAUCAAUAAGCCCUAUCGGCCGAUCCCUGCGGGGAUGUUGACGAUGUCUGGCGCAUAUAGGAGCCGUAGGAACUGCACUUCUACUGCGGAUGCUGAGCGCGGUGGUUGUUCAGGAUAUUCCAGGCGCGGAUAUAAACUGGACACUGGACAUGAUCGGGUGCUUGUGGAUGUCUCUGACUAUCCAUAUCCUGGAAUUCCAUCUGUGGACGGGGACCGGCACAUGAAUAGAAGGACGGUUGCCAGUACGUUAACUGCCAGGGAAAUUGCUUGGUUGCGUCAGGCUAACUCCCUGUUUCUUUGGAUGAGCAGUAUCAUGUUCCUGGCAUGGGGGUUACUCGGUGCCUUUGCAACGGGAUAUCGGUUCACGACCCUCGUCUCGGUGGAGGAGAGUAAAAGAACGUAUAAGACGUAUGAUCUGUCGACUGGACUAAUCUUGGUGUUGUAUCUGUCAUAUCUUGAUCCACUCAUUGAGACACACAUACCCUCAAUGUUAUCCAAGCAACAGAGUCCUCCUUCUUCGCCCAUGAACACAUCCACACCGAUAAAUGACACCCCGUUUAAUCGAUAUUCCACCCUUCUUGCCAUCAAACUCUUUAAACGCACUCGGCAAUACUACGGGGGCGUUCUCAUGUUAACUGACAAACUAUGUGUGAAGUAUGGACGCCAUGUGCAUCUAUCUGAAGCCUCCACAAUGCGCUUUAUAGCCGAGCAUACAUCCAUCCCGGUUCCGAAAGUCUACUGUGCCUUUACUCGUUCUGGGCGGACCUAUAUCAUUAUGGAACGAAUCAACGGCGAUAUGAUAGGCAUGGGCUGGGUAAAACGACCGGAGAAGACCAAAGCCAAGAUGCUUUCCCAAUUAUCCGGGAUGAUCAGUGAGAUGCGAGAACUCAAGCCCCCGGAGGGAAUGGGUGUAGCGUCGGUUGACAAUGGAUCACUAUAUGACUGCCGCCUACUAAGCCACAGCGAGUCAAUACGAUUUGGGCCCUUUGACACCGUGCAGGAUUUCCAUCGCUAUCUACGUAUGGGCGUAGAAGCCGAUACUAGACAUGACCCCGAAAUCCAGGCCCUCAUCGAACAGCAUGGCAAGGAUUGGCCGUUGGUAUUUACACAUGGUGACUUGAGCAGUCUAAAUAUCCUGGCUCGCGAUGAUGAGGUUGUUGGCAUUGUUGACUGGGAAACUGCUGGAUGGUAUCCCUCGUACUGGGAAUAUACUACUGCCAGUCAAGUCAAUCCGCAGAACUCCUUUUGGAUCCAUGAAAUUGACAAAUUUUUGCAACCAAUGCCCGAGGAACUCGCCAUGGAAGGAAUUCGUCAAAAGUACUUCGGAGACCUCUAA